AUGGUGGACUCGACAAAUAACACGAGCACUUCGUAUGUUGAGACUAUAUUUUCUAUACCGAAGAAAGUCGAGUGGAAAGUUCCUAGUCAUAUUCUCUCACUUAAUACAUUGUUGCUACUAGAAGUUGAAAUAUGUGGUUUUGCACGUUCACGUACAUCUAAAAUACCAUCUACCAGAGAAUUUUCUCGACUGCGUAGGUACGACAGUUCGUCUGUCUUACUUGACGAUUACUAUGAGGCCGUGGUUGGAGAUUUUGGAUUGGCAAAGCUUCUCGACCACAGGGAUUCACACGUCACUACUACUGUUAGGGGCACCGUAGGGCACAUUGCUCCGGAGUAUCUAUCCACAGGCCAGUCCUCAGAGAAAACAGAUGUUUUUGGGUUUGGAAUUCUUCUGCUAAAAUUGAUCACAGGUCAGAGGGCUCUAGAGUUUGGCAAGCAAGCAAACCAAAAAGGGGCUAUGCUGGAGUGGGUGAAGAAAAUUCACCAAGAUAAGAAGCUUGAUGUGCUGGUUGACAAGGAUCUUAAGAACAAUUAUGAUCGAAUAGAACUUAAGAAACUCCAAUUAUGA